GCACACGGCCGGCUGGGCUGGACUGCAGCGCUGCCGUUCCUUAUGAAGAAGGCACAAACUUGGAUUAUCACUUGCUUUUGUCUUCAACUACUCCUACUUAAUCCUCUUGUCAAAGCCCAGAGUUCCUGCGGGAAUCCAGUAACAGAUGAUGUGAAUGACAUUGCAAAAUUGGUUGGAAAUCUCCCAAAUGAUUAUAUGAUAACCCUUAAAUAUGUCCCGAAGAUGGAUAGUCUGCCUAAUCACUGUUGGUUGCAUUUGAUGGUACCUGAAUUUUCAAGAAGUCUACACAAUCUUCUCCAGAAAUUUUCAGAUAUUUCAGAUAUGUCUGAUGUUUUAAGCAACUAUUCAAUCAUCAAUAAUCUCACAAGGAUAAUUAAUGAUCUUAUGGCAUGCCUAGCUUUUGAUAAAAAUAAGGAUUUUGUAAAAGAAAAUGGUCACCUUUAUGAAGAAGGUCGCUUCAUUCCUGAGGAUUUUUUUAGGCACUUUAAUAGUACCAUUGAGGUCUACAAGGAGUUUGCAGACACAUUGGACAAGAAUGACUGCAUUCUGCCUUCGACAGUAGAAACACCAGAGAAUGAUUCCAGAGUCGCUGUCACAAAAACAUUUUUGUUUCCUCCCGUUGCUGCCAGCUCCCUUAGGAAUGACAGCAUUGGCAGUAACACUAGCAGUAACACAGAAGAGGCACUUGGCUUCAUUAGCAGCUCCAGCCUGCAAGGGAUCAGCAUAGCACUGACAUCAUUGCUGUCUCUUCUUAUUGGCUUUAUUUUGGGAGCCAUAUACUGGAAGAAAACACAUCCCAAAUCCAGAGCAGAAAGUGAUGAAACUACACAGUGUCAGGAAUGUCAAGAGGAAAAUGAGAUAAGUAUGUUGCAGCAAAAAGAAAAGGAACAUCUACAAGUGUAGCUGUUGCUUUUUCUCCCUCAACACUGUUACUGCUUUGUGUACUGACAGGUAACAGUUCCAUGUUCGCUUCAUAAAUGAAGCAGCUUUAAGCACAUUCAUAUUCCUUCUGGAGUGACAGACUGAGUCUGCAUCUGUUGUUGCUGCCCAUGACUCUGUAGACAUGAUAAAGAAAUGAGGACAAUUUGUGUUUGUUACUGUGAAACCAACACUGAAUUGAACAACGACAAGAAGAGUGUGCACUUAGCAGGACUGUAUCUUAUGUGAAUAUCUACCUUGUGUGGCAUUUGGGGAUUUUUAAUUGCAUUAAUACUUGCAGCUGACUCUGGCAAGCAAAGUACAUGUCCUGAACAAAAAGCAUCUUUCAAAUGCCUCCAACUAUGUGUAACCAUUAAAAGUCAUAAAUACCCUUGCAUCCUUAAUUUAAGUUCUGUGUCCUCUACCUUACCUUGGUGUCUUCAGAUGGAGUUCUCUGAACUGACAGAAAAUGCAGAAAUGGAUACAGAUAACAUACUCUUCAAUAUUGUAUAUAAAACUUGAAAACAAAGUCAUGCCAUGGACCCGUGUUCUAGCCUUUUACUUAUAAGGAGCUGUGUUUAUGCCUGGCAAAGGUCGUGUGUACAGCAACGUGUGGUUUCUGUCGGGUGCCAGGUGGCUGGUUGCCCACCCCAGAAAACCUCAAGAAUUCAUCAGCAUUGGUGGUCUCUGCUCAGGAGAAGCAAAUAUUGGAUGAAGACAAAGUAAACAGGGGGUGAAUGUACCUCACCGAGCUUCGAAGCAUUAAGAGUAACUGCUGGUUAUGUGAACUCUGAUGAAAUUUCCAGCCAUGCCAAGGGAAGGGAAAGUAAAGAGUCUGAAUUGCGUUCAAACAUCAGAACAAAGACAAACCCAUGAAAUGCGUUUUAAAUGCUGAAGAUGCAUGCCAUUGAUACCUUGUCCUUAAAUGUAUAGCAUAGAAAAUCUGAAACAUCCUGAGAUUGUAUUUAGCUUUUACUUACAUCAGCUGUAAUUAAUGUUUGCAUUGUGUUUUAAGUGAUUAGUAAGCUUUAAUAUCCUGGCAUUCUCCACUCUUAAAGUUAAUUCUCUCAAAACAAAAGAGAAAGGCUUUGUUUCCCAUUUGUCUUCUGCAUCUAUUGCUGUUAUAGCAUCCACGGAAUCUGUACAGGACUGAUGUACAGACAUGCAUUUUCAAGUAAAUCCUAAAAAUACCAUGGUAAACGUUACAAGUGUAGUUGUGCAUCUU